AUGGGGCGCAUACCCCAUGCAGAAAUCGAUAGCCUGGUGACGUACGAGAAGUAUGCGCCAAACGCUGCUAGGCGACGCAUCUACAAUUCCUUGUUCACCAAGUCCUACUUUCUUACGGACUCCGGAACGGCUCGUCUGGAAGGCGUUCUUGCAAGGAAUCGAGAAGCACUAUACAAAGCUGUCAACAAGCUUAUUGAUGCUGAACUCGCGCAGCAGGAAAGGAGUACACCUAUCGACUUCAUCCACUAUGCUCGUGGUAUAGGAGCGAGCGUAGUCGCCGCCCAUCUCUUCGGAGACGGCUAUGUGAUUCAAAACUUUUCGCUAGAUGAGCUUGCAGUCACGGCACCUGGACUCGUAGAAGGUGCGCUUAGCGACUGCAAUUUCGCGAAUGCGAUGCCCGCGGUGCACAGCCUUGCAAAAAUGGCGAAGAACAUUACGAACAAUUUUCCUCUGCCCGCCUGGAUCGGUGAGCACCCAAAGUACGGGCAAUUCUUGAAGCUCAAAACAUCCAAUCUGUGGUCCCGCAGUCAGAGACAUGGCGAACGACCCCAAUUAAUUGCCGAAGUCAGCACGGAGCGCUGCAUCGUUUCCAAGCUUCAUAAAGCAGGCUGCGAUGAGGAUAUGAUUCUGAACGAGAUUGGAUCACAGCUCGUCGCUGGCACCGACACCAUAGCGAGCACAGCUUCCUCCACCGUACAUCUGCUGUUGGAACAUGUAAGUCGCUUUAAUACUGCUGCACUCGAAUGCACUUGACUCACCGCCGCUUUUACACUCGCUGCUCCUCUGACGCAGCCCGUCAUUCUCGAUGCUCUCAAACAGGAACUCGAGACCACCUUUCCCGACGGCCUGCUUAGCUUGGAGAGCCUGGACACUUGUUCCUUUUUGAACCUUUGCAUCAAGGAGAGUACGCGCUUCAUACCAGCAGGGCCUGGUCCAUUUCCAAGGGUCGUGCCAGAAGCUGGCUUGCAAUUGAGCGAUGGUCGCUGGCUGCCACCAGGUACGCUCGUCUUCGUCGCAGCAGGCGUAUCCAACAUGGACCCAGAGAUCUACGACAAGCCAGAAAUCUUUGAUCCGCUGCGUUGGAAGAACGCGACACGAGAAAUGGAAGCCAGCUUGCUCACUUUUUCCAGCGGUCCGAGACAGUGCGUUGGUGUGCACAUGGCUUGGCACGAACUUCGAUACCUGAUCGCUGCUCUCUUUCUCGACCACGACGUACGUAGCACGCACGAUGACAUGCACAACAUCGUCGAGACUUUGACCAUGCGCCCAGCUUCUGGCGUCUACAGGCUGGAGUUGAUUCCGAAGUCUAGAGGAUAG